AUGCCUCUCUUCGACACUCACAACACAUGGGCCUUUGUCUUUGGUUUGAUGGGGAAUGUCAUCUCCUUUGCUGUGUUCCUCUCUCCUGUGCCAACGUUCUAUAGGGUUUGGAAGAAGAAGACAACAGAAGGGUUUCAGUCUCUUCCUUACGUUGUGGCGCUCUUCAGCGCGACACUUUGGCUUUACUACGCAACGCAGAAGAAAGAUGUCUUCCUCCUCGUCACCAUCAACUCUUUUGGAUGCUUCAUAGAAACUAUUUACAUCUCUAUCUUUCUUGCAUACGCCCCCAAGAAAGCCCGGAUGUUGACAGUGAAGUUGCUUCUUCUUAUGAACUUUGGAGGAUUCUGUCUGAUUCUCCUUUUAUGUCAGUUCUUAGCAAAAGGAACCACACGUGCGAAGAUCAUCGGAGGAAUAUGUGUCGGAUUCUCUGUUUGUGUUUUCGCGGCUCCUCUAAGCAUAAUCAGGACAGUAAUAAAGACAAGGAGUGUAGAGUACAUGCCCUUUAGCUUAUCCUUAACCCUCACAAUCAGUGCUGUGGUAUGGCUCCUUUAUGGUCUUGCUCUCAAGGACAUAUAUGUAGCUUUCCCUAAUGUAAUUGGUUUUGCUCUCGGUGCACUCCAAAUGAUACUCUACGUAGUCUACAAAUACUGUAAAACGCCGCCGCAUCUAGGAGAGAAAGAAGUGGAAGCUGCUAAGUUGCCUGAGGUGAGCCUCGAUAUCCUGAAGCUAGGUACAAUGUCAUCCCCUGAGGUUCGUCAAGCGAACAAGUGUACUUGCGGAAAUGAUCGGAGGCCUGAGAUUGAAGAUGGACAAAACGCUAAAAACGGCAAGCAGUUCUCAUCCGCAUCAGCUACAUGAAAAAAAUAACCUCGUUAACUGCAAUGUUCAAUUUUACCCCAACUUGAUAUACCAACCACUAUGUUUACCCGUUACGCUGUCGUGUUUUUUCUGAGUUUUAACUUUUAUCAAGUGUCCCACAUAGAGAAUUAAAUUUCUGGAUGAUACAUAUGCAUUUGCGAAUGUUAUAUAUGUUUUUCUGGAAUUAAAUUCUCAACUUCUUUCUAUAAAUGUAUGUAAUUACCUAUUGGGAAUAUGUAUAUUUCCUAUUUUCACAUUUUUUUAAAAAC